AUUGCAUUUCGCCACAGCAUUCCAGCGUUUACAGCAGGAUUUUUUUCUUUCUUCUUCAAUGGUUGAUGAAUACAACUCCAGGUCGUCCUAGUGGCGCCCAGUCCCACCCCAGCUGCCCCAGUGCUGACGAGAGGAUGGAGAGUGCUCCGGUCUCCUGCCCCAGUGCUCCGGUCUCCUGCCGCAUCUGCCCCAUCUGCGGCGAUGCCUUCUCGGACCCCGUGGCUCUCCCGUGCGGUCACAGCUUCUGCCGCGCGUGCAUCCGCACCGUGUGGAGCGUGGACGAUGGAGACGGACCGGCUGCAGGAACCGGGCCCAGUGAAGCGCCGCCGCCGGGUCCGCUGUUCUGCCCAGAGUGUCAGAUCCUGCUGCCUCCAGAUGUCCAGCUGCAGGCCAAGCCCACCCUGCUGGCGCCGGAGCAGGAGGCGAGUGGGCAGAACCAGGGUGGGCAGGACCAGGGUGGGCAGGACCAGGGCGAUCCAGACUGGAACGGCGUGUCCGUACCGGCUGUCCUGCCUCACGAGGUGACGGCCCUGUCGGGUGUUGGUCCGGCGCUGACGUGCGACCACUGCAUCGAGCGUGUGUCGGCGGCAGUGCGGAGCUGUGUGACGUGCGACGCGGCGUUGUGUGCGGCGCACGCCGAGGCGCACCAGCGGAAGCAGGCCCUGCGGACACACACGCUCGUGGAGCCGGCCGGCGACCUGCUGCCCUACCGGUGCCAGCGCCACGGCGAGGAGCUGCGGCUCUACUGCGCCCACGAACGCCUGCCCGUCUGCUCACUCUGCGCCGCCUUGGGAGACCACCGGGGGCACGCGGUCAUCCCCCUGCAGGAGGCCGCCGCUGACCUCAAGCGGAAGCUGGAGGCCACGGAAAGUGUUCUGCUGGAGAACCGGCUGAGAACUGAGAACGCCGUGAAGGAACUAGAGGUCCUUUCCUCAGAGACCCUGAGCUCCAUAGAGGGGUGUAGGCUGCGCGUGCGGCGGCGCUACUCUGUGAUGCGAGCUCUGCUGGACGAGGACGAGCGUCUGAUGAUGGCCGUGCUGGACGCUGAGCGGCUCUACUGCGGCAGGUGGCUCCAGGUGCGCAGGGACCAGCUGCAGAGACACCUGAGGGACACAGACGUCCUCAGGGACACCAGGACGGCCCUCAUCCACGAGGACAACCACCUGAAGCUCCUACAGCAUCUCACGACGCCGGGGGCUACGCUAGACCCCCCCCUGGUGCCAGAGCUGCAGGCAGACGGCUGUGCCCCCCCAGGGAAGAUGGCUACGCUGGAGAGGCUGGUAGAGGAGCUACACAACACCCUGUCAGCAGGCUUCCCACGCAUGUGGUCAUACCUGCGUGACGUGACCCUUGACCCCCGGCGGGCCCACCCCAAGCUGGCGGUGUCUGCGGAUAGCCGGGAGGUGUGCUGGAGCGCGCUGCCCCCUCAGGGCGGAGAGGGCGACUCCGUCCACUCCCAGUACAGCGUGCUGGGCUCCGAGGCCUUCAGCAGCGGCCUGCACUACUGGGAGGUCAUCGUGUGGGACAAGCCCUACUGGCUGAUCGGCGUCUCCCACGCACCCGCCAUCACCGGCCAGCAGGGGGCAGCAGUGGACGUCGCCCCCGCCGACCUGAAUCAGGUCUUCUGUUACAUGUACCAUGGUAACGGGCAGUACCUGGUCUGCCAUGGAGCUCUGGAGUGCCCCCUGGAGGUGGAGGGGAGAGUGCAGAAGGUGGGCGUGCUGGUGGACUGUCAGCAGGGGGCGCUAUCUUUUUACAACGCAGACACACUGGAGCUCCUGCAGAGCGUCGCCAUGGAGACGGGCCGUGCUGUGAUUCCCACUCUCAACCCGUGCAUCUCGUUUGGGGAACACAACUCACACCCUCUCAUCCUCUACCAUCUCACUAAACACACACAUAGCACAUAACAUAAACACACACACACACACACACACAUAACAC